GACAGUUACUGAAUAAUAUAAACAAUAAGUUGUUGAGCAUUGAUUUCGCGAGCGAUUUGAUUUCUCGCGUUGGUUUACAAAUUAGGCAAUUUCUGCACAAGUUUUCCUACAUAAAACCGAAAUGUUUUCAGAAAAAAUUCGUCAGCUUACUCUGCUGUUAGAAAAACAGGAGCUGGAGGCCCCGAACGGGAUUGUCUCAGUGCAGCUAUAUUCGGAAUUGUUCGCGGCAUAUCUUUUCCGAAAUGACCUUUCCAACGCACGAUUUUUAUGGAAACGGAUCCCUCCGAGUGUAAAAGCCGGACACACUGAGUUAGAACAAAUGUACAAAGUUUACCAAUGUUUAUGGAAUAACGAUACAGUGGGAUUUUAUAAAGUCAUCAAUCACGAUUGGUCUAAGCAUGUGUCCGAGCUAAUGUUUGAACUCAAAGAUAAAAUCCAACAGGAAACCAUCAAUCUGAUUGGGCGAGCAUACAGUUCAAUUUUCGAGAAUGUUUUCGCUGAAAUGACUAACCAAACCCCGGAUAUGAUUGCUGAGCUAUGCAAAUCGCAAAACUGGGAAAUAAUCGACGGACCACAUCCGAGAUUGAUUGUGCCAAAGCAUCCUGCCGCCGACAAGCCACUAGUAGUUAGUUCCGAAGAUCAGCUGCAAAAAUUGACGGACUUCGUUUCUUUUCUGGAGAAUUGAAUGUACAUCGGCUGAUACUAUACUACAGGUUGAACGAAUUAAACUCGACCUUCUUAGAGUGUAAGGUCUUGUAUAUUAAACAAAUUAAAAUAAAAAUUCCCGCUUGCGACCUACGGCUUAUAAUCAGUAAAA